AGUUUGAGAUUUAGGCUUAGGUCCACGAACAAAACAGCUCGAGCUCCGCGCGUUCAUUCAGUUGACCUUGUGGGCGGCUAAGCGUAUUUGUCUCGGAGUUCCGCUUCUCCACCACCAGCAUCAACAUGAGCGUGAAGAUGGGCAUCAACGGCUUCGGCCGCAUUGGCCGCCUUGUGCUGCGUGCCGCCCUCGCCAAGGGCGUUGAGGUCGUGGCCGUCAACGAUCCUUUCUGCGAUGUCAAGUACAUGGUCUACAUGUUCAAGUACGAUUCGACCCAUGGCCGCUACCACGGAGAUGUGCAUGAGGAGGGAGGCAUGCUUGUGGUGAACGGCCACAAGAUUCACGUUUUCCAGGAGAUGAAGCCCGCCAACAUUCCCUGGGGCAAGGUUGGUUGCGAGUUUGUGGUGGAGUCCACCGGUGUCUUCCUCACCGUGGAGAAGGCUAGUCAGCACCUCGAAGGUGGAGCCCACCAUGUGGUCAUCUCUGCACCAUCUCCGGAUGCCCCCAUGUUUGUGAUGGGCGUGAACCACAACACCUACAAUCCAAGCAUGAAGAUUGUGAGCAACGCUUCGUGCACCACCAACUGCCUGGCCCCACUGGCCAAGGUGAUCCAUGACAACUUUGGCAUUGUGGAGGGCCUCAUGACCACCGUCCAUGCCACCACGGCCACCCAGAAGACUGUGGAUGGACCGAGCCACAAGUCAUGGCGUGAUGGCCGUGGAGCUGCCCAGAACAUCAUCCCGGCCACAACUGGAGCUGCCAAGGCCGUGGGCAAGGUGAUUCCCGAACUGAACGGCAAGCUGACCGGCAUGGCCUUCCGUGUGCCAACUCCCGACGUGUCGGUUGUCGACCUGACCUGCCGCCUUGCCAAGGAGGCUAGCUACGAUGAGAUCAAGGCUGUGAUGAAGGCUGCCUCGCAGAGCGACCACUGGAAGGGAAUUCUCGGAUACACCGAAGACGAUGUUGUGUCGACUGACUUCCUCGGGGACUCUCACAGCAGCACCUUUGACGCCAAGGCGGGCAUCUCCCUUACCAGGAACUUUGUCAAGCUCAUCUCAUGGUACGACAACGAGUAUGGCUACAGCAACCGCGUGGUUGACCUGAUCAAGUACAUGAAGUCCAGGGAGUAAGCAGGCUGCCUGCCACCAGUGUAGGAUGGCAAGCCAGCAGACUUCUGCCAAGAAUCUUCUCUGCUGGCUGCUGCCAGCCGCACUGCCAGCAGCAUUGCCACUUUCCCGGAGUUUAGCCAUUAGCAGCCAAGCCCUGUGUCCAAAACAGCCGCUUCUCAAAACUUGUUCCUCCCUCUCACCACUACCUACCCGUAGUGUGUCCUCCUCUCCGUGGUGUUGUAAAAGUCUCUGAAAUAAAACCCCGAGUUAAAACACCA